CUGAUUGAGCGUUUGAUUUGUUGGCCUCAUAUUGGUCUGAGACUCAAAGCAAUUUCCUUCUUUCUUCAUCAAUGACUUCAAUAAAAUACCCUCGCAAUCUUUCAAAUCUGGCGGUUUCAAACCACGCACGGCUAGAAGUGCCUCAAGCAAAACUGCCCGACACAAAACCAACUUCCAUAAAUGGAAACUCCAACGCAAAGCCGAACUACAUCUCGUUCAGUCAGGACGAUGCUUCUCGGCCGAACAGUACUUCGGACUCGCUUUUAAACAACACGAACAUGAAUUUGCGACGACUCAGCAACGCUGGUGACUUCAAAAUGGAAAUAUUCAAUACAACCGCAAACAUAGAACUGAAUCGAGUAUCGGUUAGAAACUCUUCGUUGAAAAAUAGCAAGAAACGUCGUGAAACGAAAGCGAACAUAGAGGAAAACGGGCGCACUAUGCCGACAUCUAGAUUAGCCGACCAAAUUCAACAUUUACUCGACAAAGAAAAUCACGAAGAUAAAGAAGACGAUGAAAAUGAUGAUGAAAAAUCUACAGACGAACGAAAUUGUUGUGAAAAAUUCAUUGGUAUGUUUACAUCAACAAUUGAUCCCCAAAGUAAUGUUUACCUUAUAUGGUUAUUUGUUACCAGUUGUGCUUGGUUAUACAAUCUAUGGAUUGUACCUGUUCGCUGGGCCUUCCAACUUGACAACUCAAAACCCUGGAUUUACGACAACGUCUAUUUCUGGUUUUGUCUAGACUAUAUGUGCGACACUAUAUAUCUGAUGGAUAUCUUACUGUUCAAAACCCGACUUGAGUUUAUUGACAAGGGCAAAAAAGUUUGUGUUUAUGAACAAACUCGAGCUUUUUAUUUUGCUUCGUUUCAAUUUAGAGUUGACGGAAUGUCACUUUUACCUUUGGAUGUUUUGUAUUUUUUAUUUGGGUAUAAAGGAUGGCCUUGUCUUCUUCGUUUUGUUCGAAUUCUCCGAUACAAAGAUUACUCGGAGUUCGUCGUCAAGUGUGAACAACAUUUGAAAAGUCCGCAUUUAUUUCGAAUCACGAAAACUUUAAUGUACCUUAUUUUUGUAAUUCACAUGACUGCUUGUUUGUAUUUUGCAAUGUCAACCGAUUUCGGUAUUGGGAAAAAUCCUUGGGUUUACCAGGGAGAUAUUCAGAUUCCAUUUGUUUCGGCGUAUUUACGCUGUUUCUACUGGGGUUUGAAAACGGUAACUGCGAUCGGUAAUUCUGAUUUUCCGAUUACGUCACGUGAGCUGUUGUUCAGUAUGACUAAUUACUUAGUGGGUGUGUUCUUUUUCGCGAUUGUGAUUGGUCAAUUACGGGAGGUGUUGGAUGCGGCCACUAGUACUCAGAAUGCUUUCAGAGGACAGUGCGAUGCGACACUGAACUACCUCAGAGCGAGGAAGGUGCCGGACUACAUGUUGCUGAAGGUGCGCAUGUGGUUCGACUACGUGUGGGAGACACAGAACAUGGUGGACAACAGGGAGGCUCUGGACUCCCUCCCAGACAACCUCAAGGCAGAGCUGAGAUUGGACGUCAAUCUGAAAAUACUCAAGAAGGUCACCAUAUUCCAGGGCCUGAGUGAGAUGUUUCUGAAUGACCUUGUGCUUCGACUGCGUCCCAUAAUCUACAUCCCAGGGGACUAUGUGUGCAAGAAGGGGGAGGUGGGCAAGGAGAUGUACAUUGUGAGCAGGGGUGUGGUCCAGGUGGCGGGGGAAGAUGAGGCAUCUGGGAAGAGGGUCAUUCUGGCCACUCUGCAGCCGGGGGCUGUGUUUGGAGAAGUCAGCUUGUUAGGCAUCAAAGGAAUGAGCAGACGAACAGCCGACAUAAUCUCACCUGGUUUCGCAAACUUAUUCGUCCUUGAGAAGUCCGACUUGUACGAACUAACUAAAGAGUACCCAGCAGCUCAAAAAGCAAUCAAAGAACGCACUCGACAGGUUGCGAAACAAUACGGCAAAUCUGCCAGUCGCUUCCGAGAAGCGAGCAAACUUCUGGUCGGGAAGAAACCGGAAAUGAUGACAAAACUACUGAAGAAAAACUUGGUUAAAAAGGACCCGAAUGACCCUGACGACCCUGGAACAGGCGAUGCUGCAGGUGUUACCGGUGGAUUAAACCCUGGAUUUCUGGCCAAUUUGAAAAGCCAGAUUGAGAAAGAAAAAAUGCGAAUUGAUGAAGAAAACAAAGCGAGCAGUUCGAGUGCACUGAAUCAGAACGCAUGCUCAUCUUCAGCUUACUGUGGUGUUGAUACCAAAGAGAAGGAAAAUUAUGUUUCAACAAGGUUGGAACAACCGAGUAAAAUUUCGAGUGUCGAUCAUUCUGAUUACCUUGAAUCGCCCUCUAGCGGUCGCGAUAUGUCACAAGAAGGAAGAAGAUCCAGGUAUCGUCAAAAACCAGUACCACCACCUCGGCAAAAGGGGUCAAUUUUGAAAUCUUUCGGAGCUCCCCAAUCGCUGGAUGAAAACUUGGUUCGUUUUCAAAACGAAGAGCAAAUGUCGAAAGAGUCGCUGAACUACAAACAAAGUGGAAGUUUGGAUUUCGGAACUGACACUUUGAAGUUGGAAAAACGACGAGGGUUGUGUGAAGACCUGGAGGAAUUCAGGAUGCCUCCUCCAAUUCCUCAGAAGCCGGAUCUUGGGCACUUUAGGAGUUCUCGCUUCCAGACGUCGACUGAUAGUUUGGCCAGCUCGCUGACACCUGUUACACUUCGCAAAAGAACGCGAGAGGCAUCUAUAAAGAGGGAGACCAGAAUAGCCUCGAGCAGCCAGUUGUCCCGAAUGAGCAGCCGAGAGUGUGCGGAACUCCUCGUGAACACUCUGGACCACUUCACUCUUACCCGAAUGAUAGAGGGCGUGGUCACAGCAGCUGCCGCCCAACUGGACCCGGAGCUGUUUGGGAGUAGCAGACAAACUAGUGUGAAUCAUGAGGGGGGAGGGGAAGGGACAGGGGAGCAGGGGCAUUCCCAGGCGGAGAGACAGCACAAGUUCUUACAGCAGCCAUCUCAGCAACAACAAUACGACAGUUCGACCACCUUGUAUGGCGCCAGCAGCAUCCAACAUCAAAAAGAGAACGUCAACCAAUCAGAGCCGGAGCAUUACACCUCAUUGGCCGAUACAAAACGCAUGGAAAGACAGCGACCAAUCACAAGCGAGAACAAUUCAACCAAUAAAAAUAAAGAUUUUGGCGAAACCACAAGUCCUCCGAACUACAAGGCUUCGAGUGGUUUUCCAAAUAUGGACGGUGUCAACAUCCCGAUAGAUCUGGACGCUCUGCUGGACUCUCUGGUCAUUCCAUGGGACCCACCAGACAACGAUAUUGAUGACAUUAUGAAGGCGGCGGACGAAAUGCAAUCGAAGAAAUCCUCCCGCGACAAUCUUUUCAGUCCAACUAUGUUAUCCAACCAACUUAGCCACCACCACAACAACAACAAACCAUCCUCUGAGAACGUCAGCACCCACAUUUUCAACAGUCCCAAACCACCCCGAUCCGAACACUCGUUCAAGCCCACCACCACAACACCUGAACAACAUACACCAAUUGACGAAUUCAAACCUCGUGACCGAUCUCACGUAACUUAUCUGGACCAGAAUCAGACGAGAUUUUACAACGGGGCCAAUGAAGGAAUGACUAAUUUUGCGAACCCUGGAUCCAGGGAUUCCUCCAGGUCUCCGGUACCCGAGAGGCGUGCCAGGAGUCCGUUGCCGAGACAUAAUUUGCCCUAUGGAAAUGGAAAUUUUCGAAGAUUUUAAACUGUCUGCGGCGCAGAAAAUUAAAUUAACCAGUUGAAAUCCACCGCAAAAGUUUCCACCGGAAAUAUUUAACUUAAUGCGCAACCAUCACCAAAUAUUUAACUCACUGCAUACUAAUUUCACUUGACUAUUCAAGUUCAUCCUUAUUUAACCAUUUUAAAAUUUAUUUAUCAUUAUUAGAAACCUGUAAUUAUCAGUUCACCUUUUGGCGUAUUAUGCGGAUUCCUUGACAAUGCUAUAGAGGAAACGAGGCUUUUUUCUUUGCUACUGGGCAAAUUUUUAA